AUUUGCUCCGGACACAGCAUUGCUUGGUUUCGUACGUAACGGUGCUGAUUCUGCUUACAUCACCACAUCAAUUCUAUCGCCACAUUUUUAUCACACUCCCUCUCUCAGGCGAUUGCCCCGCGGACGCUUCUUCUUGCCGGACGUUACCGGAGAAAGAUUAUUACCCAUCAUCGUUCAUCGCAUUCCUUUGCAACCAGAACCACGAGCCACAUAUUGCAACCGCCCUUGACGUGCUCAAUACUCUGCUAAAACCCUGAUCAAAACUCCCUAAACCCUCAAAAAUCAGUCCGGAUGACGUCGCUUUCGUUUUCACGUAUUUCGGUACCCUAUGCGGAUUCUUCAGUCAAUACGCCAGAAACCUCAGAAUCUACUGCUGUUCGCUAUCAGUCUGCUCGUAGCUGCCCUAUCAUGCAGGUUGUUGCGAGCAACUUACAGCUGGUGGCAGGGAGGCAUCAUGUACUGACUGGAGGAGAAGCCAAUAUCUGUCAGAGGUUUCGUGGGUUAAAACUGUGGUUAAUUGAGAGCCUAAAUCUUCAGCUUCCUAAUAUAAAACAUGGUUCAAAUAAAUUCAAGAAUACAGGGAAUCAAAAUAAGAAUCAAUUAGCAAAUCAUUGGGAAAUGACAUUAGUACAUGGUAGAAAGGUUUCUGAAGAAAAUUUCUCUGCAGAUAUGCACCUUGAUUCCAGUGGAAAAACAGUGAAAUCAACUUUGCUGCCUGAAAAUAGCUCUUUGGGUAAUCAUCGAUGUGAUGUUUCGGCAAAUAUGUCUACUUCCACUAAACCUUAUUCAAGUUCACUAGAGACACAUUCCUUUAAUGUCCUGGCUGAUGGUCAUGGAGGACCUUCACUCUCCAUUGCUGUCAUAGGGGCUACCGGUGAGCUGGCAAGGAGAAAAAUAUUUCCUGCAUUAUUUGCACUAUAUUACAGUGGCUUUCUUCCUGAGAAUGUUGGUAUCUUCGGUUAUUCGAGGAAGAAUUUGACCGAUGAAGACCUGAGAGCCCUUAUAGCAUCUACUUUGACGUGCCGCAUUGAUCAUCAAGAAAACUGCGGUGACAAGAUGGAAGCAUUUCUUCAUAGAACAUACUACCUUAAUGGAGGUUAUGAUAACAGAGACGGGAUGUCCAAGCUUAAUUGCCUGAUGGAUCAAAUUGAGGGAGUAUCUGCAGCAAACAGGAUCUUCUACCUUUCUGUGCCUCAAGAAUCACUUAUUGAUGUGGCAUCCGCACUUGCUGAUAAUGCCCAAACCCAGAGGGGCUGGAAUCGCAUAAUAAUCGAAAAACCUUUUGGCUUUAAUAUACUGUCUUCUCAACAGUUGACAAGUUCUCUUCUCUCUAAGUUUGAGGAGAAGCAAAUAUAUAGGAUAGAUCAUCUUUUAGGAAAGAACCUUAUUGAGAACCUCACAGUGUUAAGGUUUUCUAAUCUGGUUUUUGAGCCAUUGUGGAGUAGAGCUUACAUACGCAACAUACAGGUCAUUUUAUCAGAAGACUUGGGCAUGCAAACAGGAAGAUAUUUCGAAGGUUAUGGUAUCAUUCGGGAUAUAGUACACAGUCAUAUUCUCCAGACUAUAGCAUUGCUUGCAAUGGAACCACCUGUAAGUCUAGAUGGUGAAGAUAUUCGAAAUGAAAAGAUCAAGGUUCUCAGAUCAAUUCGCAAACUGGAUCCUAAUGAUGUCAUUCUUGGCCAGUAUAAAGCUAGUUCUGGGGACAAGAUUGAUGUAAAUUUGGAUGGUUUGACCCCCACAUAUUUUGCUGCUGCAUUAUACAUUGAUAAUCCACGUUGGGACGGUGUACCUUUUCUAAUAAAAGCUGGCAUGGGAUUGAUCAAACACAGAGUGGAGAUACGUAUUCAGUUCCAUCAUGUUCCAGGGAACAUUUACCGUGAGCGCAUUGGGCAUAACAUUGACCUUGCAACUAAUGAGUUGAUUCUGUGUGAUGUCCCAGAUGAAGCUAUCCUAAUCAAAGUUAACAAUAAGAUACCUGGAUUAGGGUUGCAGUUGGAUGCUUCAGAGCUUAAUUUGCUUUACAAGGACAGGUAUAAUGUGGAGGUGCCUGAUUCGUAUGAACAUCUCCUUCUUGAUGUCAUUGAUGGAGAUAGCCAUCUUUUUAUGAGAAGUGAUGAGCUUGCAGCUGCAUGGAAUAUUCUAAAUCCAGUUUUGCAAGAAUUAGAUAAGAAGAAUAUAUCACCAGAGCUCUAUGAAUUGGGAGGAAGAGGUCCGGUCGGAGCAUACUAUCUAUGGGCAAAGCAUGGGGUUCCAUGGGCAGAUGAUUAGCUGGGUUUUGUCAAAAACAUCUGCUGAGAAGAAAGCCCCUGACCUGAUAUGUGGUAAUGUUGCUCAUCAACCUCUCCUCUGGUCCAUGAUAAAUGAACACUUCGUACAUUCAAGACUUGGUCUAGCCAUGUUCUCCCUUUUCUUUGUUGUCCUUAUUGUAGUUUUGUGAAAUAUGAUGAUACGACUUAAUAUGGCCAUCUGUUCUAAAACCAACUA